CUUGAAGACGGCGUGACACACACACUCACGUCUCCGUUCAUUUUUGGUGCGAAUUUUAGUGAAAGUGGAACUGUGAUACCGUGAAAAACGCACCAGAAUCUUGCAGUCUCGGUCCUCCGUGCAAAGAAGUUCGAAUUGAUUGCGUAUCGUGUACAGUACGCACAAUAUGACGGAUAUCGCUAAUCUACAGCAACAGGAUAGCAGCAGCUAUAGUGGUGGCGACGGUGACGCUGACUUGGCCAGUGGCACGAUGAGCGGGUUUGAUCAAAAUCAAGGCUCGGUUGCGGGCGAUGAAACCAACUUUUCGCUGUUAAUACGGCUUCGCGGGCUGCCGUGGAGCGUCACCGAGGAGGAGAUUCGCAACUUUCUGCACGGCGUCAACAUUGUGCACGUGCACAUUGGCGUGAAUCCCCUGACAAAGCGACAAACUGGCGAAGCUUACGUUCGUGUCGCAACCAUCGCCGAUCGCCACAAAGCAUUCUCCCGGAACAAGCAAACGAUCGGUCACCGGUACAUCGAGUUCUUUAGCGCCAGCGAGGAGCAGUACGAAUUGUCGCUUCAGGAGAUGGAAGACGUCGAGGACGGUGGUCCGGUGGUGAAGCUGCGCGGUCUACCCUGGACCAGCACCAAGGACGAUGUGAAAGCAUUUUUCCAGAGCUUGACGAUUAAGAAUGGCUAUAAUGGGAUACUUUUGCUACUGGACAACCUGGGACGGGCAUCUGGGGAGGCGAUUGUAGAGUUUGCAUCUGAGGCCGAUGCUGAAGCGGCCAUGGGAAAGCACAAAGAGAAGAUUGGGAACAGAUACAUCGAGCUUUUCCGCAGCAGCACUCGCGAGAUGAAACGGGCAGAAAAGCGCCUUCGACGCAUGACACCAUAUGGACGCAACGAUCGCAACUCGGCCGGUGGUGGCUACUCGCAGAUGUCUGAUCAAAGCUAUGGUCAAGAUUAUUCCGAUAAUACAAUGGGCUCGGGAGGUAACAUGGGCGGUGGUUGGAAUGAUCGUUCCAAUGGGGGCUAUGGCAAUGGGGGCAGUGGCUACAACACCAGCUCGAACAGCAUGGGUCAAAUGUACUCUCCGGGGAACAAUGGCAAUUCGGGUUCGGGUAUGUCCAACAAUUUGGGUAACAUUGACAUCUUGCGCCUGCUACAGGACCAGCUAAUAGAUCGAGGUGGAGGUACCAACUACGGUUCGGGACGUAGCGGCAGUCCUGCGGGUGGUGGUAUGAGCAGUGGCGGUGUUAGUGUCGGCACCAACAGCUACAACGCCAGCGCUGGCUACGGUUCCGGAUCGGGUGGCAAUACGGGUGGUGGAGAUAUGCAGUCGAUGAUGGGCAUGGACCGCGGCGGUGGCAGCAGUGGCAGCUACCGUACUUCCGGACCGAUGUCCAACAGCUACGGUAGUUACUCGUCCGGCAUGGGAAGCAGUAAUAAUUCCAACAUGGGAUCAUACAGCAACAGCAGCUACGGGUACGGAUCUGGCGGUGGAGGCGGCAGUUACGGUUCGAUGAACAAUUACGCCAACAUUGACUUUGCCGGCGACGAACCGAACCUGUACUGUGUGCAUAUGCGUGGUAUGCCGUUCAGCUGCGACGAGCAGGAUAUGCACGAUUUCUUCAUGCCUCUGCGGCCAGUGAAAUGUGUGGUACAGCUGAACAGCCGCAAACGUCCGUCGGGCGAGGGAGAUGCGUACUUCGAAACGAAGGAGGAAGCAAUCAAGGCGAUGCGAAAGGAUAAGGAAAAGAUGGGCUCCCGGUACAUCGAACUGUUUGCUGGACAGCGUCACUUUGGUAGCCCGAGCGGUAACGUUGGUGGCGGUGGACUUAGCGGUAUGGGAGGUAAUCAAUUCCCGAAGAAGUACUUUAACUGAGACCGUU